AUGGCUAAGAAUGAACAGUCAAGGAGAAAGGAAAGAAUCAUAUCAGUAAAAUGGUGGUUUACCAGUGAUAUAGUUUGCCUUCUUUUCCUGUGCCAGCUGUCAGAUGUAACCAGAACACCCCUUUCUCUACCUUCACUGUAGCCCCUGCAGCUCCACACCCUCCAGCAUUGGAGGUGCAGGACAAAGAGGCCUUGGAGUUCCCCUGAUCCUUUCCAGGAGCAGGAUGUUGUGGAGAUGUUCAAACGGAGACAAGGCAUUCCGUUUGGCGCUGCCACAUCCUAUGUACACAUCAUGUUCACACAGCUUCUCUAGAUGAAGCUGUGUGAAGGAUCCUGUGCACCUGUGUACAAGGGGAUCAGCAAGAGAGCAAGGACCACCGGUGCCAUUAUUGCCUUCCCAGUGCAUGCUGAAAACACCCAUUACGGGAAUCCAUACUUUCGUGUUUACCCAGCUUCUCUUCUCAAGCAUUUGAAACAUGCCAACAUUGCACUGCUUCAUGGCAUUACCCAGACCAAGGAGACACUAACAUUUGUCUUUGAAUACACGCACACAAAUCUAGCACAGUACAUGGGCCAGCAUCCUGGAGGACUUAAUUGAUGCAACGUUAUGCUCUUCGUGUUCCAGCUUUUGCGUGGCCUGGCUUACAUCCACCAACAACACAUUCUUCACCGUGAUCUGAAACCCCAGAACUUGCUCAUCAGUUGCCUUGGUGAGCUCAAAUUAGGCAACUUUAGCCUGUCCAUCCCCAGACAGACAUACUCCUCUGAAGUGGUGACACUCUGGUACCAUCCUCCUGAUGUGUUGCUUAGAGCUACAGAUUAUUCUUCUGAUCUAGAUAUCUGGAGUGCAGGCUGUAUAUUUGUUGAAAUGAUCCAGGGCCAGCCAAUAUUUGCAGGAACUUCUGGUACUCAUGAACAGCUGACGAAGAUCUGGGUGGUAUUGGGGGUCCCAACUGAGGACACCUGGCCAGGACUUUCCAAGCUCCCCAACUAUAAUCCAGAACUGGUUGCUUCCAGAAGGCCUCAGAGACUCCGAGUCAUCUGUGACAGGCUGAGUAGGGUACCAGCAGCGGAGAAUUUGGCCUCCAGGAUGCUUACAGCCUCCCCUUGAGGCUGGAUCUCUGUGCAAGAUGCGCUUCUUCAUGGCUUCUUCCACCGUCUGCCUCCUCAGCUCUAUGAGGUUCCUGCUGGACAAUCAGCGCUCACAGUUCCAGGAGUAAGACUGCAACCUGAAAUCUGUGACCUGUUUCCUUCUUACCGAAAAGGCCAUUUCUCAGGAGGUUCAAGAGGGUUUUGGUAG